AGUGAAAGAUAGGAAAAGGAAACUAUGGCUGCCACGGCAAACGAGUUGACAAGCUUUUCUUAUGUUUUCUUUUCAUAAUCGAGCUGAUCUCAUUUAACUGACGUAAAAUCAUAAAUUAUAAUCGAUCAGCGCGCGCAUGAUGUUUGAAUGUCGUCACGUGAGAUCAUCAGUUUACAUGUAAAGUCAUGGCGAUGGUGUCUCUGAGAGGUCUCUUCUUCAUCAUUACUCUGUUCUUGGGCAGUUUCUAUGGCAGCGUCUUCAUGUUGGGUCCAGUUCUGCCUCUCAUGCUGUUGUCCCCUGCAUGGUACCGCUGGAUUACUGACCGCAUUGUGGCCACCUGGCUUACGCUGCCAGUGGCGUUGUUGGAGCUUGUGUUUGGGGUGAAGGUGGUGAUAACAGGUGAUGGUUUUGUUCCUGGUGAGCGAAGCGUAAUAAUAAUGAACCAUCGCACCAGAUUGGAUUGGAUGUUCCUGUGGUGCUGUCUGCUGAGGUUCAGCUACCUGCGUCUGGAGAAGAUUUGCCUUAAAGCCGCGCUGAAGGUCGUGCCUGGAUUUGGUUGGGCGAUGCAGAUGGCCUCCUUCAUCUUUAUCCAUCGUCGCUGGGAAGACGACCGUACUCACAUGACCAACAUGCUGCAGUAUUUCUGCCACAUCAGAGAACCAGUGCAGCUUCUGCUGUUCCCCGAGGGAACGGACCUCACCGAUAACACUCGCGCCAAGAGUGACGAGUUUGCUGAAAGAAACGGCCUUCCCAAAUACGAGUUUGUCCUUCACCCGCGGACAACUGGCUUCACCUUCAUCGUUGACACUCUGAGGAAAGGUAAUAACUUGGAUGCUGUCCACGAUAUUACUGUUGCUUAUCCCCAGAACAUCCCGCAGACGGAGCGCCACUUAGUGCUGGGCCAGUUCCCACGCGAGAUCCACUUUCAUGUUCAGCGGUACCCCGUGUCAUCCCUGCCUCGAUCCACUGCGCAGCUGCAGUCCUGGUGUCAGGAGCGCUGGGCCGAGAAAGAACAGCGACUACGAGACUUUUAUCAGGCCGUUCCGCGUGCUUUCGAUGCUCCUGAAGCUCGCGUGCCUCCGUGUAAGAGCGAGCUGAGAGUAACGCUUAUUAAAGCUGCGUCGCUUCUUUAUUGGAGCUCGUUCAUCGCUCUCUCUUGUGUGGGACUGUGGCUCUGGGUCCCUUUGCGAAUCUUCUUCCUGUUGAUGGUGAUCUUCUUCCUGGGUCUACAGCGGUUGAUGGGUGGGAUUGAGAUGAUGGAAUUGGCGUGUCAUCGACACUGGAAUAGUCUGAGUUCAAAGGAAGGACGGAGCGAUGAAACUGAGUGGAGAUUGUUGUCCACCGCAGACUCUUCUAAUCAAAAUCUCAGAUUCUCGACACACCAGAGCAAGCGGCAGUGUCAUCACAGCAGUAAUACAUGUAUGGAGGGUCGAUGACAUCUCUCUCAUUCUGCUGGUGGUCAUGAAGAUUUCAGCUGCUUCUGUGUUAUUCUGAUGCAUUUAUUACUUUGACCUGUUCACUGUGCUGUCUGUGUUACCAUACGUCCAGAUGUUAGAAGAGUUUUGUCUGGUUCACAUGUCAACAAUCACUCAGGUAUAUUCAGUCACUGUUGAGUAGAUUAAUAAUCGAUACGCUAAUAAAUCCAUCAUGCUCCUUUUCAA